AUGUUUUCGGUGGGCAACCCGGAACAUCUGCCCGUGGCGGAAGAAGUUGGUGAGGAAGGGGAAGAGCUGGUGGAGAGGGGUAAUGGAGGUGGGGAGAGGGGGGGGGAGGGGUGCGGGGGUGAAGGAGGGAAGAAGAAGAAGAAGAAGAAGAAGAAGAAGAAGAAGAAGAAGAAGAAGAAGAAGAAGAAGAAGAAGAAGAAGAAGAAGAAGAAGAAGAAGAAGAAGAAGAAGAAGAAGAAGAAGAAGAAGAAGAAGAAGAAGAAGAAGAAGAAGAAGAAGAAGAAGAAGAAGAAGAAGAAGAAGAAGAAGAAGAAGAAGAGAAGCUGUUGCAUUAGAUUGGCAAGGAAUAGGGAAAGCGGACCGAGAGAGGGGGUGGGCUGGAAGGAGGGAAGAUGGAAAUUGGGAGGCGAUGCUUGCUAG